AUGACGUCACGAACCCGGAAGAAGCGUUCCGACCGUGCGCGCGUGACGCGGGGAGGAAGCGGGCAGUUUCUUCCGGGAUGCCCCGGAAGCAGCAUAGAGCACUUCCUGCCCGGCGCAGAGCGGCGGCCGGAAGGGACCGCUCAUUGUUGGCACUGGAGAACUCGCGAGGAGGCCGCGAGCGGCGCCCCCGCGGCGGCAAAGAUGCCCGACCGGGACGGCUACAGCAACAGCGGCGGCGAUGAGGCGGGUGCCGACGCUGAUGAUAUCUGCCGCGAUUUCCUGCGCAACGUCUGCAAGCGGGGGAAGCGCUGCCGCUUCCGGCACCCCGACAUCAGCGAGGUGACCAACCUGGGCGUGCGCAAGAACGAAUUCAUCUUCUGCCACGACUUCCAGAACAAGGAAUGCGUGCGCCUCAACUGCCGCUUCAUCCACGGCACCAAGGAGGAUGAGGACUGCUACAAGAAGACAGGCGAGCUGCCCCCACGCCUGCGGCAGAAGGUGGCGGCGGGACUCGGCCUCUCGCCCGCCGACCUGCCCAACAGCAAGGAGGAGGUGCCCAUCUGCAGGGACUUCUUGAAGGGUGACUGUCAGCGCGGUGCCAAGUGUAAGUUCCAGCACCUGCAGCGGGACUACGAGUACGAGGCGCGGGGCAUGGCCUCCCGGGAGCCGGGAAUGGUGGCCGCCGUGCGCCGCUACGACCCCUAUGAUGCCAUAUAUGACGGCGACCGCUAUGAUGACCACGAGCCCCUGCUGAAGCGGCGGCGGGUGGACGGGCUGUCCUUUGAGACCUACGAGUACAGCUUCGCCAACCCGCGGACAGUGGAGUACCGGCUGCUGGAAGAGGAGAACAUCAUGCUGCGGAAGCGUGUGGAGGACCUCAAGAAGCAGGUGAACAACCUGAUGGCGACCAACGAGGUGCUCUUGGAGCAGAACGCCCAGUUCCGCAACCAGGCCAAGGUGAUGACGCUGAGCUCCACGGCCACGGCCACCGAGCAGACUCUGGCCCCCACCGUGGGCACCGUCACCAAUUACAACCACAGCAUCGCGCAGACCCACACCACGCUCAGCAGCCAGGCUUUGCAGCCCCGGCCCGUCUCCCAGCAGGAUUUGGUGGCGCCUGCCGGCGCCCAGGCGGCACCCCCGGCCAACGCCGCUCCCCCCAUGAACCCCGAAAUCACCCCUCUCUCGGCCGCCUUGGCACAGACCAUUGCCCAGGGCAUGGCUCCCCCGGUCUCUAUGGCCCCGGUGGCCGUUUCGGUGGCUCCGGUGGCCGUGUCGAUGGCGCAGCCGCUGGGAGGCAUCACCAUGAGCCACGCCACCACCCCGAUGGUGACGUACCCCAUUGCCUCGCAGAGCAUGCGGAUAACGGCCAUGCCGCACUGACGGCCCCCCGCCCCUGCCCACACCUUUGCCUCCGACUUCGGGGGCUGAGUGAUGCAGAACUGAGGAACCCUCAGGAGCCCUCGGGACCUUCGCAUCCUGGCUGGGGAUGGAGGAAGGCGCUUCUCCUGGCCUCGAGCCGUGUGGCGGUGGGUUCAGGGAUGAGGGAUGAAUGGUGUGGGGGCGGCCGGUGCCUCCGCCCUCUCUGCAGCCCCUGGCAUGGGACAGGGAAAACUCUGGGACAGAAGGACAAGCUGCAGGAACUUUUUCUGGCUCAAUCUUGGGGCUGUGCCCGGAGGGGGGCGGGGGGGGGCAGCACCAGGACCCUCAGCGCAGCUCCCCCCCCUCCGCGUUCCGUGUAACGUUUUCAGCCAUUAAACGCAAUGACUCCA